AUGGCCGAUCUACUGACCGGGUACACCCACUCAGCUGCCUUUGACAUAGGCAGACUGCUCGUGAGCGAUAUUCAUACUGUACAUUAUGAACAGUACGGCAAACAAGAUGGGAAACCAAUCCUCUACCUUCAUGGUGGACCUGGCGGGCACACCUCAUACAACAACACGAAAUAUUUCAACCCAGCCAUAUACCGCGUGGUGCUGUUCGACCAACGUGGCGCCGGGAAAUCAACGCCCGCGGCUGAACUACGGGAGAAUACAAGUCAGCACCUAGUCUCCGAUAUUGAAGUGCUGCGUAAACACCUCCAAAUCGCAAAAUGGCACGUCGUCUUCGGGGGUUCCUGGGGUUCAACCCUGUCCCUGCUCUACGCCCAAGCCUACCCGGAGAUGGUAGGCUCCCUGAUACUACGGGGAAUAUUCACUGGCAGGAAAUCGGAGCUAGAGUUCUCGCGUGGGUCUAUUGGCGCAGCAAAUAUCUUCCCUGAAGCUUACGAAGCAUUUGUCAAUUAUCUUCCUGAAAAGGAUCGGGCAAGACCGAAUGAGGCGUACUAUGACCUCCUUAUUUCAGAGGACUACGAGACAAGGAUCGCCGCAGCGAGAGAGUGGAACCGAUGGGAUCUGAGUAUUGGCACUUUGAGACCGGAUCCUGAGGGGUUUGCCCAACUCGAGGAUGAUGCAUGGGUGCUUGCUCAUGCUCGGCUUGAGGCGCAUUACUUUGCGAAUGGGGUAUUCCUGGAGGAGGGUCAGAUUCUGAAAGAGGAAAAUUUGUCUACUAUUAUCCAGGGCCGCUAUGAUAUUGUUUGCGCACCGCAGACAGCUUGGGAUCUGCAUAAAGGCUUGCCGGACUCGCGGUUGUUUUGGACUCCUGAUGCCGGUCAUAGUGCUACUGAACCUGGCACACAGACUAAACUGUUUGAGGUCUGUGAUGAGUACGCUGAGCUUGAAUUUACUCACUAA